AUGGCAGAAGAUCACCCACCCCAGCAGGACCAGGUCGAGGGGAUUUACCAACCAAAGGAUGCUGUCUCGGCCACGAUCAAAGCCGCACUCGUCACUGGUUCAGCAGGAGCCUUCAUAUCGACCAUCCAGAAUGUCCUUACCAAGACCAAUUACGGUGCCUGGGGCGCGGUGAACAAGUUCGGAAGCACCACAGCCCUUUUCACUGCCAUGGGAGGAGCAUACGAGUUCACCAAGAACGCUUCUGCGAACCUGAGAGAAAAGGAUGAUGCAUGGAACGCUGCAUAUGGUGGAUUAUCUGCCGGCACAAUGAUGGGACUGCGAGUCCGCUCGGCACCCGCAAUUGUAGGCUACGGAGCAGGCCUGGCGACACUACUUUACGCUUUCUCCUUCACUGGCGGCUCCCUUGCUGGCUACCAACACGACCCUGAGGUAGAUGAGGUCACGAGGAAAGAGUACCUGAGGAAGAACAGGCGCAGGCCAGUAGAGGACACGGUCAUGGAGGUUGGUGAGGGCCGAGGUGUAUACGCGCCAGGCUACGAAGAGAGACGAGCACAGCGCAUAAAGGAGGCUUAUGGCAUUGAUGUGCCGCGCCGCAGCCAGGCCUCAUAG